ACUCUUGAAAAACUCGAAGAUGGUAUUGAAAAUGCCACUAUUAAAAUAGAAAAACUUGAGGAUGGUAUUGAAAAUACCAAUAACAAAAUUGAAAUGCUUGAAAAUGGUAUUGGAGGUAAAAUAGAUAUGGUAGUUCAAGAAAUUUCCAUCAUAAAAUCUCAAAUUGAUAAAAAGCAAUCAGGCGAAAUCACUGUGCCAACAAUUGACGCAAAGGAACUAAUUAAUCCUCCCUUUCCAAAAAAUACCGACUUUCGUGGUUUACAUCGUCCUCUUCAGAAAAAAUUUUAUAAAGGUUUUGAGGUUACUUGUAAGCCUAUCGAAGAUCCUAAAAAAC